AUGUCCGCCGAACGAAGUGGUGCGGCUGAUGCGAUAGCCGCCCAGCGAAUCCCCGCCAUGGCUACAACCACCGUCAAGAUCGAUGGAAUGACCUGCGGAGCAUGCACCUCGGCCGUAGAAAGCGCAUUCAGAGGUAUCGACGGUGCUGGAGAUGUCUCUGUCAGUCUCAUCAUGGGUCGCGCCGCCAUUCAACACGAUCCCUCCAUACUGGCCCCAGCCAAGGUAGCGGAGAUGAUCGAAGACUGCGGCUUUGAUGCCGUGGUGCUGUCAACGGAAGAACGGAUUCAGACUACAGACACCGGCUCCUCCGAUCUCUCCUCCGCGCGUCCCUCCGCGACGACCCUCGCUGUCGAAGGCAUGACCUGCGGCGCAUGUACAUCUGCAGUGGAAGGCGGGCUAAAGGACGUCACCGGUGUGACCUCUGUAAAUGUAUCGCUUUUAUCGGAGCGCGCGGUGGUGGAACAUAAUGCGGGAGAAAUUUCUCCAGAACAAAUCGCAGAACUCAUUGAAGAUCGAGGCUUUGGAGCACGCGUGCUGGAAUCAAAACCUUUAUCGGGCCCCGAAAGUCAUUCGAACCUCGCCGACACCACUGAAAAUAAAUCCGGUCACACCGUCACCACCAUUGCAGUGGGAGGUAUGACCUGUGGCGCAUGUACAUCCAGUGUUCAGAAUGCCUUUGACAACGUGGAUGGUGUUUUCCAAUUCAAUAUCAGCCUCCUAGCCGAGCGUGCUGUCAUUGUGCAUGAUCCGUCAAUCCUGUCGGCCAAAGAUCUUGCGGCCAUCGUGGAGGACUCUGGAUUUGAUGCGUCGAUCGUAUCAUCCGAAGCCCAGGAACCACUCUCAAAGAAAACCCAGCAAAUCAACCUAAGUAUGCAUGGCCUGCGGGAUGCCGCUUCCGCUGUGGCGUUGGAAGACGACCUCCAAAGUCGUCCCGGGAUCAAAUCAGCCUCGAUAAAUAUGGCCAACAAUCAGUUACUUGUGGCCUUCGACACAUCCUUCAUCGGGGUUCGGUCUAUAUUUGAGAUCAUCGAGGCGGCUGGGUAUAAUGCCCUGAUUACAGAUACGGAUGACACCAAUGCACAACUUGAGUCUUUGGCCAAAACAAAAGAGAUUCAGGAAUGGAGACGGGCAUUCAUGACCUCAUUAUCCUUUGCGAUCCCCGUCUUCAUCAUCAACAUGAUCUUGCCCAUGUAUCUGCCAGGCCUCGACUUUGGCAAGUUCAGAAUCCUCCCAGGCCUCUACUUGGGAGAUCUACUCUGCCUCUGCCUGACGAUUCCUGUACAAUUCGGCAUCGGGCGACGAUUCUAUGUCACCAGUUAUAAAUCUCUCAAGCAUAAGUCCCCUACUAUGGAUGUCCUGGUCAUUCUAGGAACUUCUGCCGCAUUCUUUUACAGUUGCUUCACCAUGAUCAUGGCUCUACUCGACGACCAACAUAUGCGACCGAGCACUGUUUUUGAUACGAGCACUAUGUUGAUCACAUUUAUCACACUGGGGCGCUGGCUAGAGAAUCGCGCCAAGGGACAGACAUCUGCUGCGCUGUCUCGGUUAAUGUCGUUGACCCCCUCUAAGACCAGUAUUUACGAGGACUCCAUCGCGGCCGAAAAAUUGGCCGCUAGCUGGGACCCCGAAGGCGCUCCGGAUGGUUCCAACUCGACUCUGACUGACGAAGCCUCGGUAAACCAACAGAUCAUCCCCACUGAAUUGAUUCAAGUCGGCGACAUUGUCAUCCUUCGUCCAGGUGACAAGGUCUCUGCCGAUGGGGUGAUUAUUCGAGGCGAAAGCUAUGUCGACGAAAGUAUGAUCACUGGCGAGGCCUUGCCCAUUCAUAAGAAGAAAGGCAGUCAUGUCAUCGCCGGAACUGUAAAUGGCACCAGCUCCAUCGAUUUCAAAGUCAUCCGGGCCGGUAAAGAUACCCAACUCAGCCAAAUCGUCAAAUUGGUCCAGGACGCGCAAACAAGCCGAGCACCCAUCCAACGUAUGGCGGAUAUUGUGGCGGGCUAUUUUGUCCCCACAAUUAUCGGCCUGGGUUUAAUUACCUUUUUCGGCUGGAUGUUCCUCAGUCAUGUCUUGAACAAUCCGCCACUGAUAUUCCAGUCUAAAGAUAGUGGUGGUCGAGUCAUGGUCUGCCUGAAGCUUUGCAUCUCGGUCAUUGUUUUUGCUUGUCCUUGCGCUCUAGGCCUCAGCACUCCCACGGCAGUCAUGGUCGGCACUGGCGUGGGUGCCGAGCAUGGCAUUCUUGUCAAGGGAGGCGCCGUUCUAGAGGCUGCUACUAAGGUCAACCACGUCGUCUUUGAUAAGACUGGCACAUUAACAACUGGCAAAAUGAGCGUGUCCCAAGCACAGAUCGAGCCUUACUGGACUGCCAAUGAUUGGCGGCGUCGACUCUGGUGGCUCAUUGUUGGUCUCGCGGAGAUGGGUAGUGAGCACCCCAUCGGGCAUGCCAUCAUGUCCGAGGCCAAAACCCAAUCUGGAAAUGGGAUAGAGGAUGGAUUGCCUGGAAGUGUCGGCGACUUCGAUGCCUGUGUGGGAAAGGGUAUAUCUGCCACCGUUGAGCCUACAUCAAGUGUCGAGCGCAUUCGCUACCAACGGACCCAAGAGUCCUCCGAUGCUCCAGAAAGUGCAGCAUCUGCCGCAGUACCUAAACCCAACAUUGUUUCCGGUGUCACCCGAAUUCAUGUUGCGAUUGACAACCGAUAUGCAGGAACUAUCUCUCUCCUGGACAGCCUCAAGACUACAGCCGUUGCAGCUGUGGCAGCCCUACAUCGCAUGGGAAUUUCGACAUCAAUGGUGACCGGUGACACGUUGUCUACAGCACUGACAAUCGCCUCCGCUGUCGGAAUCCCCUCUGCCUCUGUUCAUGCAUCCGCCUCGCCAUCCGACAAGCGUGUCAUUGUAUCUGCUCUCCAAUCAAACGGAGACUGUGUUGCAAUGGUCGGUGAUGGCAUUAACGAUUCUCCCGCUCUUGCAACCGCAUCCGUGGGAAUCGCCCUGGCAUCAGGAACCGAUGUGGCCGUGGAGGCAGCAGAUAUUGUCCUCAUGCGUCCAGAUGAUCUUCUCUCUGUCCCUGCCAGUCUUUCUCUUUCGCGCGCAGUUUUCACGCGGAUCAAGCUGAACCUGAUGUGGGCUUGCUUGUACAACAUCAUUGGCUUGCCAUUCGCCAUGGGCAUUUUCCUACCAUUUACAGGACUCAUGCUUCCCCCAAUGGCAGCAGGAGCCGCAAUGGCCCUGUCCAGUGUCUCGGUAGUUGUCAGCAGUUUACUUUUGAAACUUUGGCGCCGUCCAUCAUGGAUGGACACCGAACGUCUCGAAAAGGAGCUGGGCUCCGGCACCAUUCCCAUCAAUGGCGCACGUCAUGGCCGUAAAUCUAGUUGGUGGGCACCUGCGAAGAUUCUUUCAACGGACCAUCCAGCUUUACUGCGUCGGGUUGGUGAUACUGCCUCCGCGCUAUGGUCGAUGAUUACCGGUAAGCGGACCGUUAUCCGUGAGGAUGAGGGUUAUGUCCUGCUUCAGACCGUGGACUCUCCCGUCUAG